ACUUUAUUAAAUAUGUCGUAACAAAGAUUAAUGUUUCGUUAUUAUAUAUGUACAUCUUAAAGCAUUUCCCACGGAAGUUAAAACCGUAGACGCUGAAUAAACCCCGCUGAAUUGUUGCUAAAUGACGUAAGUAUACCAGUGCUAGCUAAUGCCAUAGCAAGCAGGCCUUUGCUAACGUUAGCAUCGUAGUGUGCGUCACAACGUACAUGGUUCUUCUUGAUUUCUUUACACACUUGCACACCUUAGUUGAAUAAUCUGGCAAGUAAACGACAUUAUUCUAAAAACUGGAUUUAAUUUGGCAUAUCCUGCUAAACGUUACAAUCCAUUACGAAAGCAGCACUAAUAGCUUAACAGCUAACGCAUGCUUAACUCCUGUUAAUGCACUGCAUUACAUAUUUCUUACAAAUCUUUUUGGGAGACCGAUAAAGAUACAAACCCAUUUUUGAAGUGCUCUUAAAUGACAAAUUAUGUAAGAGCGUGUGUUACACGAAAUCAUAUUGUGAAAGCAUAGUAUUUAUGGCCAACAGUACAUGUUUGUAGGAGAUCCUUUGACAUUCACGAUGUUUAUUGUUUAAAUUUAUUGUUUAUUCUCUGGUAAAACAAAUACAUGUAUGAUUACAAGUUGCUGAAGAAAAGAGAUUUCUUAUCAGACACCAAAUAUGCUCAAAAUGGCAAGAAGUUAUAGAGGGCACCUUUUUUUUCUCAAAUCACUUAAAUCUAUAACAUCAAAUUUAAAACAACAAUUUUAUCUUUUUUCACUUUGGAUGUUUGUCAUUCUAUGCCUUACUUCCACAUAUUUUUCUUCCCUCUCAUUUACAGUGAACAUUUCGAUCUUUAAAUCCUUUCCAGUCUCCUUUAACUGUGUCAUGUCCCAAUAAUUAUUUCAGCACACACCUGCUCAGUUGACUCAGUUUCAUUCCUCCUUUCAUGCAUCUUUGGCUCAGUCAGUGCACCUCUUGACUGACUUCUAUUUCCAUGGUGGAGGCAGCUUUUGAAGACGUUUCUCUCUACCUCAUUGUUGUGUUUCAGCUGAUAUCAGACGCUCUCCAGAGAGGAAGAGGAGUUGCACCUUACUUUGACCACAUUAGGACAUCGAACUUUCUAUUAUCCUUUAAGAACAGACACUUGUUUUUGUGUGCAGCCAAAUUUGUUCUUUUAUCUUGAUUCACCUGUACUGUGGCUGCAGCAAUACGACGUCACCUCAUGUCUCAGCAGUUGCAGCCAGACAGUGGUCAGAAACUCUUCACUGUGGGUCGGGGGCUCCUCGCUGCUGCGGAGACCUUGAACUUUAGCAUGAAUGAGCAAAGAUCUAGUCGACAGAUGGGGGGCAUGGGCUCUGGCAUUGGGGUGGGCAGUGGUGGCGGCGGCAUUGAGGGCCAAGAAGGCAGUGCUCCGAUGCCCAGACAUGGAGGGAGUAGUGGAAGUGGCAACAAUCUUGGCAGCACCAUGAAGCUGUUUGCCAGUUUGGGGCUGUCACCUUCAGACCUGGAUGCUUUGGCUAAAAUCCCAGAAGAGGAAAUCAGUGUGGAGACUCUGCCCAAAAUCCUCAGGCAGCUCAAGAACCGCAAGAGUGAAACAGGAGAGCGGCGACAGGCAUCUUCAAUGUCUUCUGAUGCUGCAUAUCGAAGCAGCAGGGAAGGAUGGGAUGACAUGCAUGCGGGGAGAAUGGGUGAUCUUUCUAUGAGUCAGGGGUCGGGUCGUGUCCAGUCCUCUGCUGACUUUGGGUACAGUUCCCUGCAGGACGUCUCCUCCAGUCGUAGCUAUGACUUAGACUAUGGCAGUGGCAAUGGCAGUGUGGGUGGGGGCAGAGAGAGGUCAUUUUCUGACCUGUCCCAUCGUGAUUCUGUUGGUUUGCUGGGAAUGGCGCCGCCAUCGUCGGACUCUCUUUAUUCACACCGGCGGGUGGGUUGCCCAUCCAAUGGAAAAAUCCAAGACUUCUUGGGCGUCACACCCACUAUGUUCCCUCACGUGUGCUCUCUUUGUGAUUUUGACGUUCACUCCUUAAUGGAGUGGAACCAACACAUAAAUGGACUUCGACAUGCAGAAACCAAACGACAACUUCUUGACUUGUACCCAGACUGGGAUCCUGGAAUGUCUUCAGGAAGAGGGGGUUUACUGGAAACCCCUAACAUGUCUCCUGGACUGCUUGGACCUGCCCCCAUGUCUGCAUCCAGAGCAGGAGGCGGAAUGUCAUCCAGUUGGGGAGGAGGUGGAGCUUCAAGUAUGUCAAGUAACAGCCAAAUGGAAAACAAGAUAAGAACCAGAGUGGUGAUUGCCAGAUUCAGUGUCAAACUACCUAGCAACCAGGCUCUGUUUGCCUUUGUUGAGCCCUUUGGCGUCCUGAGGGACCAUGUGGUACUGAAAAGCAAGGCCUUUUUAGAAAUGAGCAGUCCUACGGAGGCGCAGGAUAUGGUCAACUACUACAAUCAACACCCUGCGUUUUUACAUGGAAAACCAAUUUUCUUUCAAUUGUCCAGUAAUCUGCAGUUUAUUGAGAAAGACAAUCGGCCACCGGACAUGCUGAUGGACAGACCUGUGCGGGAUCUCAGAACUCAGGGGAGUCAAGUGGUUUUCUUCUCUAAUCUGCCCAAAGAGGAUGAGAAGAAGCGGGAACUUCUAACCAUUGCCAGGCGUUUUGGUGUUGUUGAGAAACAUCUGUUUUUAACUGACCAGGCAUUUAUUCAGCUGGGUUCGCCCCAAGAUGCGGAGAUGCUAGUAAAGUACUACACCAUGAACCCGCUUACCAUCAGAGGGCGCCCUAUUCGCCUCAACAUUUGUGCCAAGUACAAAACACUGAAUGUGAAUCGUAGAAUGGGUGGUUCCGCUGGAGACGGUCGUAGAAACAGGAGUGAUGGUGGUACCUCCUCGUACAAUUCAGGUUCCAGAACUUCAUCCAAUUCCAGGACAUCAUUGCAAAGAUCUCCAUCCAGCACCAGGAAUAGGGAGGAGGAGAAAAAGAAGAGGGACGUAGAGGAGAAGGUGAAAGAGAAAGCUGGAGUUAUGGAGGGAGAUAAUGUAGAGGAGGGGAAGGAGAAAGUAACUGAUGGAGACAAAAAGGUUGAAGAGUCAGAAGGGGCAGAGUCAGUAGAGGGCUCCGUGGAGUCUUCGUGUGAAAUUAAGAAAGAACAGGUAUCAAAUGAAGAAGAUGACACAAGAAAUGAAACAUCUGAACGAGUCGAAGAUGGAACAGAACAGGUGAUUGAGUCAGAGGGAAGAAUUGAGCUGACAGAAGAUGACCACGAGAACAAAGAAGCAUCUUCAGAAGCAGGAGAAAGUUUGGAUGAGACCAAGGAGGAGCGACCUGCUGAAAUGUGUGAACAGGACUUCUCUGAGAACAUGGAGGACUUUGUGACGCUGGAUGAGCUUCCAGAGGACGAAGAUGAGGAGCUAGAAAGUGCUGAUGCAUGUGACAACACAAGAAAGGGGGGAAUGCGUGUGGUGAAUAUUGUGGGUUUCCGCCGAGGUUACAACUUCCGCAAUGAGCUACUGAGACUCGCAGAACCAUUUGGGAAAGUCAUCAAACAUCUGGUGCUGGACUUACGUACUGAGGCUUUCCUUCAGUUUGCGACUGAAGAUGAAGCUCGUGCCAUGGCCAAGUUUUACAACAGUAACGUGACGGCGUCCGUUUGUGGCCGACCUGUCAGGAUAAGUCACUCCAUGACUUACCCAACCAUCCAGUGUGGCUCCAGCAGGGUCGUUUACAUCGGGCAGCUCCCCACAGGAAACUACUCACACGAGGAGAUCCUGAAGUUUGCAGAGCCAUACGGAAAAGUCAGAAAGUAUUUUCUCAACCGGAUCAAAAGAGAGUGUUUUGUUGAAAUGGAAAAUGCGGAGAAUGCAGAGAAAAUGGCCGAGGCUUACAGAAUCAAUCUGCCAAAGUUCUAUGGGAAACGCUUGACAGUCUACGUGAGCAGGAAGUACAGGCAGCUCAAACAUGGAUUUAAAUGUUCAAGCACACUGAAAAGAGACAAAAGCAGCACACCACCAAGAUCUUCUAAACAUGAUGAAGAACCUCCUCCUAAAAAAAUGAAAGAACUGGAUGAGGAGACCAAGCAGGGAGAGAAGGAAGAGGAGGUUGAAAACCCAGAUGAGACAGUUCAAGAAGUUUCUGAUGAGCAGAUGAAGAUGAGUGAGGAAGAUUCACAAGGAGAUGAGGUUCACGUCGCUGCUGAUGCUGAUGGAGACGAUGACGAGAUUCUUCCUGAAACUUCUAACGAGACACAGGAGGAUGGGAAAAACAUUAAAGAAGAAGAGUCGUUGAAGGAAGUAGAAACAUUGACCAAUCAGGAAGAAGCGACUGAAGCUCCUUCCUCGACUGAAAACAAACCCAAAGUGAUGUCACUGCCACCGUACGACAGUGAGACACCCAUUGGAGUCGAACACGUAAAGAUGGGUUAUUACUGUCGAGUCUGUUUCCUGUUUUACACCAAUGAAGAGACGGCAAAGAAAGUCCAUUGCAGCAGCCAGGAACACUACGACAAGUUGCAGAAAUACCUGGAGAAAGAACAACUCAGAGCAGAGAAGAAGAAAGGAAAGAAAACUGCAUCAUGAAACAAAAAGGCUAAACAGCAUCAGAACUCUUUUUACUGUUUUUCUGUUAACUUUGUUAGUUUUAUUAAUACAUUUUUGUUCUAUUCUUUCAAGAGAGUGACGGGGGAACAAACCCAACUUCAUAUACAUUUUGUUAUAUUUUUGUUUAAAGAAUCAUCUCAGCAUUUUAGAUGUAACCCUGUUGCUUUGAUUAGGUUGGUUUGAUGUUGAGAUGGUGAAACUCCAGUCAACAGUUUCUUACAUGAAAAAAGGUUGAACACUGGACACUUCUAUGACAAACUUUACAAUCCACAGGCCAAACUCUGUAGCUGCAGUCAGUGGAAGAAUUGCUGAUAUAUACGGCGACGCAAGCGAUCCCGGAGAAGCUGGCGGGAGCCCCGGGGAGAGUUCUCUUUUCUUCGUGAAGGGCAGGGCGCCCUGGAAUGGGUUCGCCCCGAGAGAGGGGCCCGCGCCCUGGAAAGCGUCGCGGUUA